GAAGUUCAGCGGCGGGGGAAGAAGGGCCGAGGGGCGCCGUGAGCGGGGGUGGCCCCGCGUCCCCCGGCAGCAACGGGGCGAUGAGCGGGGGUGGCCCCACGUCUCCAGGUAGGAGCGGGGCGUCCCCGCUGCCCAGUGAGAGGAAGCGGGAGGCGCUGGCGGCCGGGUCCCCGAUUCAGCCCAUCAUAAAGGAUGUGGGGGAAAUCUAUUCAAGACUGCUGGACCACAGACCAGUAAUUCAGGGAGAAAUACGUUACUUUGUAAAAGAAUUUGAAGAGAAACGUGGCCUCCGUGAACUUCGAGUACUUGAAAAUUUAAAGAACACAAUCUCUGAAACAAAUGAACAUGUUCUUCCUAAGUGUGAGCAGGCAAUGCAUGACAAUUUGAAUGAAACACUCAAGAGAUUGCAGGCUGCCAAUGAUAUGAUCCAUGGAUUCCAAGAGAGGGAGCUUGAAAAGAAGAAGAUUCAGGCAGACAAGCUGAUGGUGCUUGAAGAGAAGCAUGUAGCCCAGUGGGAGGAAUUAAUGAAAGAGCAAAAAAACAAACAAGCAGAGGUGGAUGAAGAGCACAGAAAAGCUAUGGAACGCCUCAAAGAGCAGUAUUCUGAGAUGGAGAAGGAACUAGCCAAAUAUACUUCUUUUUAAGACAUUUCUUUUUUAAAUAAUGCUGGGUUUGUGCCAAUACUCAGUUGAUUCUCUCUUAAAUUGAGAUUCUUUUUGAAAGCAGAAGCACAUAAGAAAAAAGGAGAAUUUUGUCUACAGAUUUUCAACUUAAGUGCCUAUAUCUGCUUGUUUUCUUCAGGGCAGGGAGAAUGCCAGUGUUUCUUCAUUUGUUGGGAAGUGGAACUGGAAAUUACAUUAUGUGACUACACCAGCUCAGGGAGCUGCAACCUGGAAUUCUCUCCCAUCUGCAGAGAGUAUCAUAUCGUUUGGGUAAACAGACUAAUGUAAUACUAACUAUCCAAAUGUUCAGCCACAGCCCUUUCCCAAAAAGUAAGUGUAGUAGGUUCCAACCAUAGUGAGCUGAGACCUCUCUGGAAAAACUGUAAAUUCCAUACAUGGAUCUCAGAAAAAACUUCUUUAUGGAAUAGCUUUGAAUCAAUGAAAGAUCUCAUCAGAGUUUUGAAUGCAGUCGUAAUUCCAACUUUUGGUUUGUAUGUUCAGUAUUAGGAAAUAGAGCUGGCAUGUAAAUGGAUUUUGCUAAAAUAAAAAUGACUCAGUUUAGACAACUGUUUAUUUAUCUCCCUGUAAAUGUCUCAGGCAUCACUUUUUUUAAGCUUUACUGUUCUAAGCCAAGCCAAAACAAGCUCAAAAGUAAUCAUGAAAAGCAUAUCAGUCUUUGUAUUAGCUUUGUAGCUAGUACAGUAUUUACCUUAAGUAUUUGACAUGCUGUUGGUUUACUUAGGGUAAGCUUGUCACAAUUUUACAAAGCAACUGAGGAAAUAUUUUUGUUUGUUUGUUUGUUUCUUUAUCAGCAUAACAAAUGAGCAGAUUAGUGGUAAAAUGCCUGCAGUAAUGAUCUGCUUUCUUACUAACUGUUAUUCUUACUGGGGGUAUGGGAAGCACCAGUGUUGCUUGCUUUUAUUUAAAACUUGCAGUUAACAGCAGCGUAACUGAAGAAGUUAACUUAAUCAGUUCAUUAACUAAGCAAAAUGAGACAUGUAGUACCUUAAUGAAAUUUGCUGCUACCUAACCGUUAGUUCAGGAAAUAUCUUUCCAUAAUUUAGUUGGUGUCCAAUGUAGAGUGGAAAUGGGUAAAAAUAAACAGAAUUUACCCUUUACCUGUAUUGCAACGGUAAUACGCCAACAAUGGUUGCUUGUGUAAGUUUAUGGCUUGGUGUCAAGGCUCCAUUCCUGGCAUCAUGUUGAUAGUGUGAUUAAAGUUAGUAGAGGAGAUGGAAUAAGUAUUUGAGAUUUCUUUCAAUAACACCAAAUUCCUGCCAAGCUGCUCUGCCCGCUACUGUAGGCCCAACAGCUUCAUCAAUCAUCAUCAUGUAUCUGGACUGAAAAGAGGACUUGCUGACACUGGGGCACGCUGGAAUGUUGUUAAAUCUGUGUUGUGGAUGGAAAAAAUGUAGAUGUCUCAAAAGUAUCCCAUAUGUGAAAAAUGGGAAAGCCUCUUUUAGAACAACCUCUAUUUGAAGAGAAGGUGACUUCUGUAAUAUUUUUCCACUUAUGUACCCUUGAUGAAUGUUGUAGCUAAGCUCAGACUUUCAUUUCAUUUCAGACUGCCUGUCUUCAGAAUUGGGUGUGGAAUAGUUUUGAUUGUUUUGAGCACAGACCAAAAAUGUCUUCUUUCUUACCAGAUUAUUCGAUGUAUCUGUAUUCAAAGCCCAAGUAUCUUUAUAAAAAAGUCCAUUCAACUGCCUAUGGAAUUAAUUUUUACUUUUGCACUUGUCAUUUUUAUUAAGGUUGAGAUAUGUAAUUAACUGUGCACUGGAGCUGUAGAUGUUAGUAUUUUGUCAAUUUGAGGGCUCUUAAGCAAUGAUACAAGUAUUUCAAGGUGGAUAUUCACUGGAAAAUAAAGUGGUAUUUCCAAAAUC